UGGGGUUCUGCGUGUGUUCAGUCAUUAGUGAUCCCCCUGAGGAAGUCUACCUGAAACAAGAAGGGUUCCGCAUGGAGAGCUCUAGAGGUCUGGUGGACUGUCACUGUCACCUGUCUGCCACCGACUUCAACCAUGACAUUGACAACGUUUUAGAAGAAGCAAAGGCGGCUGGUGUUUUAGCCCUUGUCGCAGUUUCUGAGAAUUCUGCAGAAUUUGAAAAAGUGAUACAGCUUUCGAAGAGGCAUUCCGGGCUGGUUUUUCCAUGUUUAGGAGUCCAUCCGGUCCAGGGGGAUGAGACAGGACAGCAGCGCAGUGCAACACUUAAGGACAUCGAAGAGGCCCUGCCGCUGAUUGAGCUGCAUAAGGAUGAGCUGGUGGCCAUUGGCGAGGUUGGGCUGGAUUUUACCCCACGGAUCGCAAGCACGGAUGAUCAGAAAGAAGAGCAGCGGCAGGUGUUCAUCAGACAGAUCGAACUUGCAAAGCGGCUCAGUCUGCCCCUGAAUGUUCAUUCACGUUCAGCUGGAAGACCCGCUAUUAAUAUAUUAAAAGAGCAAGGCGCUGAGAAGGUGUUGCUGCAUGCAUUUGAUGGGAAACCUUCGGUAGCCAUGGAUGGUGUUAAAGCUGGAUAUUUCUUCUCCAUCCCUCCCUCCAUCAUUAGAAGUGAACAGAAGCAGAAACUGGUGAAACAGCUGCCUCUGGAGAACAUGUGUUUAGAGACAGACUCCCCAGCCCUGGGACCUGAAAAGCAGGUCAGAAACGUACCUAAAAACAUCAUGGUAUCUGCAGAGUACAUAGCCAAAGUGAAGGGAAUUUCAGUGGAAGAGGUCAUUGAGGUCACCACAAAGAAUGCCAUGAAAUUGUUCCCUAAGCUUCUUCAAGCUCUCCCCAAAUAAAGGACUUUUUUUU